UAUACGUUGUUGAGCAUCAAUUUGAUAAGACGUAAAAGUUUUCUGGAAAUAAAAAUGCAGUUAAAGUUUAUGAAAACCGUGGUUGAAGCGCAGGAUUAUUUGUACCGCGUGGCAGGAUUGUGUUGGUCUCCGAAUAACCAGAAACUAGCGGUGGCCACCGCGGAUCGUACUAUUUUGCUGUUUGACGAAAAUGGUGAACGAAGGGAUAAAUUCUCUACGAAACCAGGCGAUCCCAAUGCCGGUAAGAGCUCGUACGUUAUCCGGGGGAUUGCUUUCAGUCCCGAUUCGAGCAGGCUGGCGGUCGCUCAGAGUGACAAUAUUGUUUAUGUCUACAAGCUGGGAGAGACUUGGAACGAGAAGAAGGUUAUCUGCAAUAAGUUCCCACAGGGCGCUGCUGUUACAUGUGUAUCGUGGCUGUCCGGGGGGAUGAUCAUCGCCGGGUUGGAGGAUGGAAAAGUGCGUUCGCUACAUUGUAAGAAUAACAAAUCGAAAACGCUGUAUGGUGCCGAGAGUUUGGUUGUAGCGCUGGCUUCGAAUUCCAGAGGAACAGGCAUUCUAUCUGGACACGAGGACGGAUCGGUUAUUAAGUUCUACAUUAUUGAAGAGCCGGGAGAAUCUUCCGGGCGUAUUCUUCAGCAUCCUGUCGCACCGGUUUCUUUAGCUUGGCCUCAAAGCGGUAUACUGGUGGCAGGAUGUGACAAAAAAAUUUGCUUUUAUGAUACAUUAGGGCGAUUGAUGCGAAAUUUUGACUACACAAGAGAUGAUAUGGAGCGUGAGUUCUCGAUUGCUGCAUCGAGCCCGAACGGACAAGCCGUUGCUGUCGGUAGUUUCGACAGAAUUCGCAUUUUUACAUGGAGCCCACGUCAAAACACUUGGACAGAAUCCCUCUGUAAAAGCAUACCGAACUUGUACACGGUAACAGCCAUCGCCUGGAGAAAGGAUGGUUCGCGAUUAUGUGUUGGAUCACUCUGUGGAGCAGUACUUGCGUACGAGUCUGUGCUUCGUCGAACUAUUUGGCAGGACAAGUUCGAGUUGACCUUUGUUGCACCCAGCCAGGUGCUGCUUAAAUCGCUUCACGAACCUUCGUUCACGAUGAUGGUGGAGUCACAGCUGGGUCUUGAGAUAGAUGAUGUUCGUAUAAUGGGCAAGGAUAGCUAUUUGGUGGGACGAACCGAGGAUUCGUUGAUUCUCUGUGAUCUUAUACGUUCGUUAACAAGUGAAAUACCGUGGAUAGCUACCGGUCGGCAUGAGAGAUUUUAUUUUGAAAAUCCUACCGUAGCCCUGAUAUUUAAUGCCGGAGAAUUGUCACUCAUCGAAUACGGUGAUAAUUACAUUUUGGGUUCGGUACGAACCGAGUUCGUCAAUCCACAUGUCAUUUCCGUUCGACUAAACGAGCGUGGCAGCUCAAAAAACAAUAAAAAGCUUGCCUAUCUGCUCGAUAUGAAAACUGUGUGCGUUGUUGACUUGAUUCUUCAAUCCACGAUCACUCAAAUCGCCCACGACUCAAAGAUUGAUUGGCUGGAGUUGAGUGAAACUGGUCACAAACUCUUGUUCCGCGACAAGAAGAUGCGAUUGAUACUUGUGGACAUCUCGUCCGGAAAGAAGCAAAGUCUCCUCGCCAAAGUCUCCUUCGUGCAGUGGGUUCCCUCGAGUGACGUUGCCGUAGCCCAAAGCGAUUCAAAUUUGGCAGUUUGGUACAAUAUAGAUUUGCCGGAGCAUGUGACCAUUCUUGCGGUUCGGGGAGAUGUGUUCGAUGUGAUUCGGGAAGAUGGCAAGACGGAGGUACACACCCGGGAAGGAGUUUCGGAACAUGUUUACAAUCUGGAUGAAGGAUUGGUCGAGUUUGGGACUGCUGUAAAUGAUAGCGAUUUCGGAAGGGCGAUUUUCUACCUGGAAUCACUUGGGGAUAGACCUGCAGCAAAAGCUAUGUGGCAUAACCUAGCUAACAUCGCCCUAGCUCAGCAAAAUCUACGGGUGGCGCAGAGAUGUUUUGCAGCGUUGGAGAAUGCAUCCAAAACAUUCUAUAUCGGUGAAAUGAUUGCAAUAGCGGAAAAAUAUGAGGAAUCGACGGGAAAUCCUGGGAUGGGCUGCCCUGAAGUAAGAGCAAGGAUGGCGCUACUGGGAGGCGAUUUGAGGUCUGCCGAACGAAUUUACAUCGAGCAAGGGGAUAUUGAAGCAGCCUUGGACAUGUACAAAAAGCUUCGCCGGUGGGACGACGCUAUAAAACUGGCGGAACGUCGAGGAUACCAUGGGUUGGAAGAGCUCAAGACUCAACAGAUGGAGUAUCUGCUGAAUACGAACCAAGAGGAAAAGGCAGGUGAAGUGCUGCAGGAACGGGGAGAAAAGGAUAAGGCGAUGACGCUGUACAUGAAGGCCAACAAACCGGUAAAGGCAGCAAAAUUAGCUCUGAAGACGCCCCAUCUAUUGUCCAACGAGAAUAUUGUAACGCGAAUAUCAGCUUCACUGGUGAAGUCCGAGUUGUUCGAGCUGGCAGCUGAAUUGGCAUACAGAACCGGUCAGCAGGAGAACGCGAUUGCUCUUUAUCGGAAAGGAGGAGCCUACGCACGUGCCAUCGAUUUGGCUCGUUACGUUUCUCCGGAUGCGGUUAUCAGUCUAGAGGAGGAAUGGGGCGACUGGUUGGUUUCGAAGCGUCAAUUGGAUGCCUCCAUAAGCCAUUACAUCGAGGCUGGUUGUACCGUUAAAGCGUUGGAGGCAGCGGUAGGGGCGAGACAAUGGCGUAAGGCUGUUCAAAUAGCCAAAGUGAUUGAUAUUCCAGAGGAGAUCCGAAAGUACGCCGUUGAGUUGGCUGAACAUUUGUGCAUGAUUGGAGAUGUGAGAACAGCGGAAGAACUUUUGAUUCGAGCUGAGAUGUACAGGCAGGCUGUGGAUCUGUUGAACAAACACGGGCAGUGGGAGAAAGCAUUUGACAUUGCGGAGAAAUUCCUAGAGGCAGACGAAGUACGCGACAUGUUCAUAGAGCUUGCUAAAGGCCUUGAAAAGGACGGUAAGUACAGAGAUGCUGAGAAAGUGCUGCUAACCAUUAGCGAACCUGACAUUGCUAUCAACAUGUAUAAGGAACUGGAGAUGUACGAUUCAAUGAUUCGGCUUGUCGAACGGUAUCACAAAAAUCUCCUUGAACAAACCCACAUAUCUCUGGCUCGUCAACUGGAGGGCAAAGGUCGCUUGAAGAAUGCCGAGGUGCAUUUCCUUGCGGCUGGUGAUUGGAAAGCUGCGGUGCAUAUGUAUUGCAACACCAAUAAGUGGGAAGAUGCACAUCGUGUUGCUAAGCAGAAGGGCGGGGAAGGAGCUUCCAAUCAGGUGGCUUUCAUGUGGGCGAAGUCUCUGCCUAUUGAAGGAGCGGCUAGAUUGCUCACUAAGAUGAAUCUCACGGAUAACUCAAUCGCCUAUGCCUGCGAAGCAGGACAGUUCGACUUCGCCCUUGAACUGUGCAAAGCUAGCGGAAAAUCAUCGGACGAAGUGCAUUUGAAAAUAGCUAUGGCAUUAGAAGAUGAUGGUAAGUUCACCGAAGCUGAGGCUGAAUUCUUAUUAGCGAAUAAACCCAAAGAAGCCAUUAUGAUGCACACCCACAGCGGCGAUUGGAAAUCCGCAAUCCGUAUAGCUGAGAAUUAUCUACCCGAAGCCCUUAAAGAAGUUUUGCUCAGCCAGGCUGCUUCAGCGUUGGAAUCACGAAACUAUCCGGAAUAUGAAGCGCUGAUGGUACGAGCAGAUCGACCGGAUCUUAUCUUGGAACAUUACAAAGAAUACAACAUGCUGAAUGAUGCAUUGAGAAUUGCUAAGGAAUAUGUUCCAUCUGCGGUGGCAGAGCUACAGAAGAUGAACGCCAGAGCGAAUCGAGGCAAUGGUUCGAAUGAUUCCCGGUAUCUCCUUCAAAAAGCAUCUGAAUUCGCCAGAGGCGAGGAAUUCAAAAAAGCCACGGAGUGUCUCUUACAGAUCAAUGACGGGAACGCAGAUGAAGCAACGGUAGGACGAGCCAUGCUGCGUGCGGCAGAAAUCUGUAAUCAGUUUCUGGAAGGGCCAGAGGCGGUGGAAAUUGCUCGUGAACUUGGUCCACGUCUCAUAGAGAUCAACCAAAUCGGACCGGCAGCUCAGCUGUACUUGGCAGCUGAGUUACCUCGCGAAGCCGUGGAUGUGUUUAUUAAGACAGAUAACUGGAACAAGGCCCGUCGACUGGCGAAAGAAAUUGAUCCACAGUUGGUGGUUUAUGUGGAUACUCAGCAGAAGUCUCGACUGAGAAAUCAGGGGAAUGUCGAACAGCUAGCAGAUAUCGAUAUCAUGGGCGCAUUGGAUUUGCUCGCCGAACAAGGCCAGUGGACGCGCUGCAUUGAAAAGGCAAAACAACAUAGCGUCCCGGUGCUUCAGAGGUACUUGGCUCAAUAUGCUGCUCAGUUGAUUCGUGAUGGAGACUGUAUUGCCGCAUUGAAUUUAUAUUUGGAACACGGAGUUCCACCCGUUGCGCAGAAUUUCAACAUUUAUAACAGAAUUGCACUGGAGUGCUUUGCGUUGCGUGAGCCGGAUGGAGGACAAGUUUGGAAACACCUUCGAAACUUCCUCCUAAAUUUGGUUCAAGCGUUACGUGGUUUGGACAAAUCGGAAGCCGAUGCAACUGACCGUUUCGAGCAACUGCUUAUGAUUGCCCAUUAUUACUGCACAAGAGCGGCAUGCCGUCAAGCACCCGCCUUGCAAUCGAUUGCUGUCAAGAUUUCCGUGGCAAUGUUGCGUCACACAGAUAUCAUCCCGUGUGACAAGGGAUACUACGAGGCUGGAAUGGACUUACGUGGGAUGGGGCGCGAAUCGGAGGCGUUCGUUAUUCUCAACCACUAUUUGGAUGUGUGCGAAGCGAUCGAGGAAGGAUCCGGCAACCUGGUCGAUCACUCUGACCUUUCGUCCACGGAUUUCCCCAGUUCGGUUCCGAUACCUUCGGAGUUGCAUUUGAAGAACGAGUUAAACUUGCACGAGGAAAUCCGCGAAUGGGUGCUGGCCGUAAGUAUGGAUCAGAAGGUCGACCAGGUGCUGCCGACCGACGAUCGUAAUUUGUACGAGUCCAGCCUGGGUAUCUCGGAUCAGGCCUGCCUGGUAAGCGGAUACCCGGUGAUGGGUAGACAACCGGUUGUGUUUCAGCGUACGCAUCGCUUAGCUAACAGAGAUGCCUGGAGCAAGCUCACCGUGGCGGCAAGAAUGGCUCCCCAAACGGAUAUUCCGAAUGUGAUUGAGUUCAUUGAGGCAUGGUGUGGUCCGGCUAAUUUUCUGUCAGGAUAAAUAUUUGCCUAUCUAGCUUGAUAAAUAUGAAGAACAAAGUUUGAUGUUGUUUGAAUGAAUUGCAAAAUAAAA